UCCACGUAUGGCCCAACAAGGUAAACCCUAGAAAUCCCAGAUUCAGUGCAAAUUUGGUAGGUUUUUCACGCUUCCUGUUUUAAAAGCUUCACCCAGCAGCUUGAGAACCUUAGUGCCGCAUCCCUCUCAACAGCUGAAGUGCCGAAAAUGCCUUCGCACAAGACCUUCAUGAUCAAGAAGAAGCUGGCCAAGAAGAUGAGGCAAAACAGGCCCAUUCCUUACUGGAUCCGAAUGCGCACCGACAACACCAUUAGGUACAAUGCUAAGCGUAGGCACUGGCGCCGUACCAAGCUAGGGUUCUAAGUUCGAUGGGCUUAUUUGUUUCCAGUAUUUUCUUUAAGUUUUCUAAGUUUAUUUUCGGAAUUAUUUUAUUUGGGAUUUAAUAUUGGGAACCAUCGAGAAUCUUUGUAUUAGAGAUUUUGAUGAGAUUGUUAGUUUCUUCGUUUUAGUUUGAUUUUAUAUUAUCUCAUCUUAAUUUGA